AUGCAUAAAGAUUGUAAUAAUUCGAUUAUAAAUAAAGCCAUUAUCGAUUCCUCCUCUGAGUUUUCUUCAGAGGACGUUCAAUGCUCUAAAAAAACUGAAAUAUUAGCUAGUAACUCUAAAGAACAAUCAAAAAAGCGCAAAUUCAGAUCUCUUCAGAAGAUUGAUAAUGAUCCUGAAACACUCAAGUUUUGUAAGGUAUGCAACAAUAUAUGA